AUGGCGAGGAUAUUGGGCGUCGCAGCGGCACUGAUGCUCGGCCCCGCCCCGGCACUCGCGGGUCUGGAUCCAUCUUGGCCGACAGCAAAUACCACCAGCGGACUCAUCGUCGGCCACGCUGCACCAAAUCGGUCAGAAGUGACAGAGUUCCUCGGCAUCCGCUAUGCAGAGCCACCUGUUGGGGACCUCCGCUUUGCUCCACCAAAGCGGUACAACGCCCCAGCCGGCACUGUCUACAAUGCUUCGGACUGGGCCCCAGACUGCCUUUCGAACAAACCGCCCGUCAGCCAGUUCCCGAACUUCUCCGAGCCCUCGGGCUUCCGUGUAUGGAACAUGUUUGCUGCGCAGACGGGCAACCCUUCAAGUGAGGAUUGUCUCGGUCUGAAUAUCUGGACCAAGACACCAAACAAUUCGGCGAGGGAGCCUGUGCUCAUCUGGUUCCAUGGUGGACGCUUCCAGAUACCUGGCCCACACAGUCCGUUCUACAAUGGUCAAUACUUAUCAGCAGCCGAGGACGUCGUUGUUGUAACACCAAACUACCGUCUUGGAAUAUUCGGCUUCUCAGGUGCGCCGGGCUUUGGCGGCGAUCCAGCACGAAUAACAAUAUUCGGCCAGAGUGCUGGGGGUGCAGCUGUGGACUAUUCGGCAUUCGCGUGGGAGGAAGACCCCAUAGUGGCAGGGCUGAUAUCGCAGUCGGGAACGGCACUGAGCUUCAACCCCAACACGAGGGCAUAUGCGCAGUCCAUCUUCUUCAACGUCUCCCAGGCCAUUGGGUGCGGUGGCGCAGGUGAAGAUGCCGCUACGGUCGUGGACUGUGUCCGGCAGGCCAACGCCUCUGCGAUCCUGGCGGCGUCGGCCAAAGUACCGGCCUUACCUAGCCAAGCGCUCGCCCAAGCCACCUUUCACCCGACGGUUGACGACGAGAUUGUCUUCUCAGACUACGAGGCCAGAUCGCGCAACGGGUCAUUCGCACGCAUCCCAUACCUCCUGGGCAACACCGACUUUGAGUCCGGGUGGUACAAGCUGUCGGCGUGGGCGGCCAAGGUGAACCUGACCGAGGCGCGGUGGGAUCUCUUCAACCAGCGCGCCUUCACGUGCCCGACGGGAGCGCAGGCGCGGUACCGGACGGAACAGCUGGUGCCAACGUGGAGGUACAGAUACCACGGCGAGUGGGAUAAUCUGAGGCUGUACAACUCCACGGCCGGGCUGGGGCCCAGGGGCAGCGGUGCGUAUCAUGGAUCGGAUGUUGAGAUGGUGUUUGGCACGGCGCAGGACGUGUCCCUGGUGGAGAACUCGGAGCACGAGGACGCGGUGUCGGCGUACGUUAUGGGGGCGUGGGCUUCCUUUGCGAGGGAUCCAGCCAAAGGCCUCCUGGAUUAUGGAUGGCCGGCGUAUGAUGCGACGGGCAACACGCUGGUACAGCUGGGGCUCGACGGCAGCGCAGAGCCGCAGUUCGCCGACCCAGGCGUGUUUGACAGCGCCUGUCCCGAGGUCAAUGAUCCUCUGCCUGGGCAAGGGGCCUUCUAA